UCAGCACUCGCAGCCUGCGCUCCUAUGGAGCUGGGGGGUCGCCGGGGCCUGGGCUCGGCGUCGGGGCUGGCCUCGGCGACCCGGGAGCCCCCGCCCGAGCCGAGGACGGGGACAAAGGUGGGGCCUCCGGGCCCCGGCGACGUCCGAGCCCGCCGCUUCCUGCUCUGCCUCUACCUGGUGGGAUUCCUGGAUUUAUUUGGUGUCAGCAUGGUUGUUCCUUUAUUGAGCCUUCAUGUCAAGUCCCUUGGAGCAAGUCCUGCAGUAGCUGGAAUAGUAGGUUCCUCCUAUGGCAUUUUGCAGCUCUUUUCUAGCACAUUGGUGGGUUGCUGGAGUGAUGUGGUGGGAAGACGAUCCUCCUUGCUGGUGUGCAUUCUGCUAAGUGCCCUGGGUUAUCUCCUCCUUGGGAUGGCCACCAAUGUCUUCCUGUUUGCCCUGGCUAGGGUCCCUGUGGGUAUUUUUAAACACACCCUCUCCAUCUCCAGGGCUCUGCUCUCUGAUCUGGUUGCAGAGAAAGAACGGCCACUUGUACUGGGACAGUUCAAUACAGCCUCCGGCGUGGGCUUCAUCCUGGGCCCCAUGGUCGGGGGAUAUCUCACGGAGUUGGACGGUGGRUUCUAUCUCACAGCCCUCAUCUGUUUUUCCGUCUUCCUUCUCAAUGCUGGUCUCGUUUGGCURUUUCCUUGGAGUGAAGCAAAACUCAGUGGUACAAAGAAUGGCCUGAGAUUGGGCAGGAAGCCUGUGCUGCCGGGAGAGACCGACUAUGAACUGCCGGAAGCAGCCCCCACUCCUGGGGCCUCAGAGAGUAAAGGGACUGCUCGGUGGCCCUGGGAAGAUGUCACGUGGGCCUUGCGGGACAUGAGGAGCCUGAUAUUCUCCGAAAUGUGGGACAUAUUCCUCGUGCGCUUGUUGAUGGCGCUGGCUGUCAUGCUGUACUAUAGCAACUUUGUCUUGGCCCUGGAGGAGCGCUUUGGGGUGCGGCCCAAGACCACGGGCUACCUCAUCAGUUACAGCAGCGCCCUGGGGACGCUGGCCGGCUUUGCCCUGGGGCCCAUCCUGCGGCUGUACAAGCACAACUCCCAUGCGGUGCUGCUGCACUCGAGUGCGCUCACCUGCACCCUGCUGCUGCUCUACUCCACCGCCCACACCAUGGGCGUGGUGGUCCUCUCCUCCACGCUCCUGUCCUUCUCCACCAGCAUCGGCAGGACCUGCAUCACAGACCUCCAGCUGACCAUGGGCGGGGCCCAGGCCAGCGGCACCCUCAUUGGCAUGGGGCAGUCGGUGACAGCCGUGGGCCGCAUCAUCGCCCCUCUCCUCUCGGGGGUGGCCCAGGAGGUCAGCCCUUGUGGUCCCCCCAUUCUGGGGGCAGCUUUAGCCUUGGUGGCUAUUUUCAUAAUGUCWCUAAACAAAUCUCGUGCUGGAGGUGGUAGAAGUGGUAAAUUAAAACGUGAAUAGGGUGGAUCUGGACCACACGAAGAAGCAGAGUGGCGUCUGAGAGUCAGGAACAAAGGCCAUCAAUAAGGGCUCUGCAGAGAGCGGGGCUGGUGUGAGCGAACCUCAUUUCCUGGUGGGUGGCUCUGGUGUUGGGCUCCCAGGUGGGCCCCGCGCUGUGCGGCUGUGCCUGAGUCAAACAGAAGUCACAAUGGAAGGCAGGAGAGUUAAGAUUGGAGGGAUCCUUUGCCUGGGGGCCAGAUGCAGUGUUUACCUCUUCUCAUCUGGGUCCACGAGGUUAAAUUUCUCCUGAGCUAAAAACUACCAGCUCAAGAGAAGGAAAUGAUGGUAGAAGAACAGAACAUGGUGAGUGAUAAAGUGAGGAAGCCACAGUCUUCUCCUCACUGAGCAGUGCAGCGACAGCCAACAGUCACAUGCAGACCACCUGGAAAAUGGGCUUCCUGGUAAAUUCCAUAAGCUAAGGGGGAGCUUUGCUGCUGUCAAAGUCCUAGAGGUUGAAGAAGCUGCUUUAUUAAAACCAGGCUUUCACUUCUCAGAGUUGAUUAAAACCCAGAUGCUGACCUUACCCCUGGACAGACUCUGUGGCUCGAUGAGACUGAGAAAUCUGCAGUCUUAAAUGCCAYUGGUGAUGUCUCGUGCCGUUAGAUGAAGGAUCACACUGAGACGUACUGUCUUUCAUUAAAGUAAAAGCCUGAGACCCGGA